AUGCCCUCUUUCGCUCGAGGUAUUGGACUGAGACCAAUCGCCGGCACUGUCGCUGUUUCGCUAACCAAUGUAUCGACCAUGAUAGGCUCGAUUAUCGCAGGUUGGUUCGUGGAUCGCUAUCACGUCACAAUCGGCGUGAACAUCUGCAUCAUUGGUAUUCUGAUCACAGUCUUCUUGUUCUGGGGUUUUGCGAUCUAUGCACCCAUGUUGUACAUCUUCGCUAUGCUUUAUGGUGUUUUUGCCGGUAAGUUUGCGUCAAUGUGGGCAGGUGUCACCGAGCCUCUGAGGCACAAGUGUCCAGGUGUCGAGACCAGUACGGUGGUCACGCUUCUUGCGGCCGGGAAAUGA